AUGCUUUCUGCGCAGAGGAGAGCUCUUUGCAAAGUGGCGCAGGCCAACCAGGAGCGGGCCAAGGAGCUUCCGUUGACUUCGAGCCUUUUGCUGCGCUCUGCGGCCUUGGCGGACAAGGUUUGGCUGGACGUUCAUCUGGAGGAUGUCUCCCGCUUGGGCGCGCCCGUGUCCACUCAGUUGUUCUCGGAUCUUCGACGAGUUCUCUAUCAACUUCUCGGCAGGGACUCCAUCACCGAGACGAAGGGAGACCAUUCUGGAGUCACGGCCAGCAAAAUGGUGUUAUCCGAUGCAGGAUCGCUCCCAGACGCCAAGGCUGUUCAAAGAUGGACCUGGUCGCACCGAUGGCAAAUGUUCCGAGCCAUCGUCGAGCACAACCUUGUCCAUGUCAAGCGCAAGAGCGAGAAGAGCCAACCAGCACCAGAAGGGGCCGAAUCUGCUGAGCCAGUCGAGAUUGUGGUGCACCGGACCUUCAAGGAGAAUCAGAGUGAUGAUGCCGUUCCUGACUGGGCCCACGGCUCCUUUGCCGCCAUCGUGCUCGAGUACGUGGCAUCCCUGAACCAGAGGCCGGAACAGCCCAUGAUCCGCGAACAUGAAUUUGACACACUCGCAGCGACCCUCGCACUCUGCUGCGACACUGCACUUCCUGGGGCGCCCCUGGGCAGAGCAUCAGCACAGGUGCAGCAGCGGAUGUACCAGGUGAAGGAGCUGCUUUACAACCAUAUCACGACUCACUUCCACGCGAACUCCGAGAUUCGCCUGCCGCCACGUGGGGCUUCUGUGGCGACCUACUUCCAGACGGCCGCUCACCUUCUGAUGGACAUUGCGCGGCUGCUGUGGCUUGACGCAGACUUCGGACAUGGGUCCAUGGUCUUUCUCCCCGAGCCGCGCGAGAUCUUCUCGGCUCAGAUCUUUGCGGCGCUUUACAUGGCUGGUGCGUACGAAGCCUGGGAGCUGUCGUUCCCGGAAGGGGACUCGGCUUGGCAAUGGGAGGAGAUCAUGAAUCAACUGGUGGAGCUCAGACAUGAGGUUCUCUGGUGUCAGCCAUUCCGCACCUGGCGAGAGGAGCUUCUUUGGAGCCUCCGCCCUGGGGUGAUUGCUUGGCCCACAGAGCGGCAACUUGACGAGGAGCGGAAAAAGUCGUCGCACGUCGAGGAGUUGCCCAUCGACGAGCACCGUGACAAGAUCUUGAAGCACAUCGAAACUCAUCGCGUCACGUCGGCUACCCUGGCUUGCCAGCUUGUCAUCGGACGUGGGUUUGCUUCUCUGGGCCAUGCCACUGCGGCAGAGCUUGCCAAGAAACACCAGUUCCCUUGGGAGACGAAUGAUGGGAUGUUUGUCAUGGGUCCCAUCGGGGACAUGCUGCUAAAGAAGCUAAAGGAGAAGGACGUUACACCGACAGCGGAUCCAAGAAGCUAUUCAACCAAGUCCUUCUGCUCUACACCGGUAUCUCCCUCUACAGCACUCCGGCGUGGGAAGUGCAAGAUUGCUGGCAGCAGGUGCAAGCGUUACAACCCUCGCCUCUUUAUCCCCCAGUCGUUGAUGGACGGCUUGGAGAUCGCCAAUGAACUCAAGACUGCGGCGAACAAGCUGUUGGAGGAGGCAGCCGACGACGUGCCCUAUGGCAUCGAAGAGACCGGAGAAGAGGAGGCCACUGGGCGACGAGAGAUCUUACCGGGCAUCGCACCUCAUGAUCUGGCCUUCGAGCUGGAAGAACCGAUCCCGAACGGGGCCCCGGUUUUCACAAAGCCAGGCCGAAUUGCACGUUUCAGAAUCAAGGAAGAGCGCUGGAAUCGAGAGAUUUUGACAGCUGGCACUGAAAGUGUGAAGGGGGUUCUGAAGCGCCUCAGUGCCUCCGAGUUCGCCUGCAACAUGCAGCUUCUUGGGGAGCUGCGGGAGUGGUGCGACGGAUACCGGGCCAUCAAGGCCAAGAGAAUGUCACAGAAGGCCUUUCAGCUGGCAGAGGACCGCGAGCUUGCUUUGCAGCGCCGCACUUGGAGUGCCAAGCGCAGUGACCAAAACCAGCCUGAGCUGGUGGAGCGCGGGCAGCUACGGGCCAAGAAGCUGGGUGAGCUCGCCGCCAAGGAUGUCGAGCACACGAUCGACUCAGCGCUGGAGAUCUGCCAUUGUGGCUACCAAGAGAUCUGGCACGAGGGACCUGUUUCUUUUGAGGCUCCUCGUGUCCCACAGCGCCGCAAUUCGCGCCGGCUUUCAAUCUCCAGGUCCCCACUGGAAGCGAUGGCACCGGCCCACGUGUGUUCCUCAGAGACAUCGCAAAGCCCGGCACUGAUCUGCACCGCCGUGCGGCAAUCUGGUGGCGAGGAUGCGGUGCUGUCCGAGGGUCGCCUCUCCCUUCGGCAUGCUGGAGCAUCGAUUAUGGCGGCAAGCGCAUGA